GCGAAACGGCCGGUUCCGGCUGAAUGUCAGUGCGGGGCCGCGGGCCCGGGAGGUCGGUGCUGCUCGGCGCUGCCUGGGCGCCCCCACGGCCGCUGCCUGCUGGGCUGGUGCCGUCGCCGCGGGCCCCGGGCCGCCCGGGCAUGAGGCCGUGAGGCGAUCGCCGGCACGGGGCCGCCGACAUGUUUGGCCGCUCGCGGAGCUGGGUGGGCGGGGGCCCCGGGAAGUCCGCCCGCAACAUCCACUCCCUGGACCACCUCAAGUACCUGUACCACGUUCUGACCAAGAACACGACCGUGACGGAGCAGAACCGGAACCUGCUGGUGGAGACCAUCCGCUCCAUCACCGAGAUCCUGAUCUGGGGCGACCAGAAUGACAGCUCCGUGUUUGACUUCUUCCUGGAGAAGAACAUGUUCGUCUUCUUCCUGAACAUCCUGCGGCAGAAGUCGGGCCGCUACGUGUGCGUGCAGCUGCUGCAGACCCUGAACAUCCUCUUCGAGAACAUCAGCCACGAGACCUCCCUCUACUACCUGCUCUCCAAUAACUACGUGAAUUCCAUCAUCGUCCACAAGUUCGACUUUUCCGAUGAGGAGAUCAUGGCGUAUUAUAUAUCCUUCCUGAAGACGCUGUCGCUGAAGCUCAACAACCACACCGUCCACUUCUUUUACAACGAGCACACCAAUGACUUCGCCCUGUACACGGAAGCCAUCAAGUUCUUCAACCACCCCGAAAGCAUGGUCCGCAUCGCCGUGAGGACCAUCACGCUGAACGUCUACAAAGUGGACAACCAGGCGAUGCUGCACUACAUCCGCGACAAGACGGCCGUCCCCUACUUCUCCAACCUGGUCUGGUUCAUUGGGAGCCACGUGAUCGAGCUGGACAACUGCGUGCAGACGGACGAGGAGCACCGGAACCGGGGGAAGCUGAGCGACCUGGUGGCCGAGCACCUGGACCACCUGCACUACCUCAACGACAUCCUCAUCAUCAACUGCGAGUUCCUCAAUGACGUGCUCACGGACCACCUGCUCAACCGGCUCUUCCUGCCCCUCUACGUGUCCUCGCUGGAGAACCAGGGCAAGGGAGGGGAGCGGCCGAAGAUCAGCCUGCCUGUGUCCCUCUACCUGCUGUCCCAGGUCUUCCUCAUCAUCCACCACGCGCCGCUGGUGAACUCGCUGGCGGAGGUCAUCCUCAAUGGGGACCCGUCGGAGCUGCCCGCCGAGGCCGAGCAGGACGUCCCGAGAAGCGCCGCGCCCAGCAUCCGGUGCUUCACCAAGCCCGCCGAGUCCCUGGAGCGCUCCCUGGAGAUGAGCAGGCACAAGGGCCGGCGGCGGCUGCAGAAGAGGCCCAACUACAAGAACGUGGGCGAGGACGAGGACGACGACAAGGGCUCGGCCGAGGAGGGCGCCGAGGACGCCGAGAAGGCCAAGGGCCCCGAGGGCCCCAAGGGCAGCAAGGCCAGCGGGGAGAACGAAGAGAUCGAGAUGGUGAUCAUGGAGCCCAGCAAGCCCCCGGAGCCGGCGGUGCAGGAGCAGAACACCACCGACGAGGAGAAGAGCGCGGCGGCCACGGGCGCGGGCGCGGAGGGGGCGCUGUGGAGCAGGCCCUUCCUGGACAUGGUGUACCACGCCCUGGACAGCUCGGACGAUGACUACCACGCGCUGUUUGUGCUCUGCCUCCUCUACGCCAUGUCGCACAACAAAGGCAUGGGCCCCGAGAAACUGGAGCGCAUCCAGCUGCCGGCGCCCGGUGCGGCCGACAAGAGCAGCUACAACCACCUGCUGGCCGAGCGGCUCAUCCGGAUCAUGAACAACGCGGCCCAGCAAGACGGCAAGAUCCGCCUGGCGACGUUGGAGCUGAGCUGCCUGCAGCUGAAGCAGCAGGUGGUGACCGCUGCGGGCUGCGUCAUCAAGGACGUGCACCUGGCCUGCCUGGAGGGCGCCCGCGAAGAGAGCGUCCACCUCGUGCGGCACUUCUACAAGGGAGAAGAGAUUUUCCUGGACAUGUUUGAAGACGAACACAGGAGCAUGACGAUGAAGCCCAUGAACGUCGAGUACCUCAUGAUGGACGCGUCCAUCCUGCUGCCCCCCACGGGCACGCCGCUGACGGGCAUCGACUUUGUGAAGCGGCUGCCCUGUGGGGACGUGGAGAAGACCCGGCGGGCCAUCCGGGUGUUCUUCAUGCUGCGGUCCCUGUCGCUGCAGCUGCGCGCCGAGCCGGAGACCCAGUUGCCGCUGACGCGGGAGGAGGAUCUGAUCAAAACGGACGACGUGCUGGAUCUGAACAACAGCGACCUGAUCGCCUGCACGGUCGUCACCAAGGAUGGCGGCAUGGUGCAGCGCUUCCUGGCCGUGGACAUUUACCAGAUGAGCCUGGUGGAGCCCGACGUGUCCAGGCUUGGUUGGGGCGUGGUCAAGUUCGCCGGCCUCCUGCAGGACAUGCAGGUGACGGGCGUGGAGGACGACAGCCGGGCCCUGAACAUCACCAUCCACAAGCCGGCCUCCAGCCCGCACUCGCGGCCCUUCCCCAUCCUGCAGGCCACCUUCAUCUUCUCCGACCACAUCCGCUGCAUCAUCGCCAAGCAGCGCCUGGCCAAGGGCCGCAUCCAGGCCCGCCGCAUGAAGAUGCAGAGGAUCGCGGCCCUCCUGGACCUCCCGAUCCAGCCCGCCACGGAAGUCCUGGGCUUCGGAGUUGGCUCCUCGUCCUCGUCACACCUGCCUUUCCGCUUCUACGACCAGAGCCGCCGGGGCAGCAGUGACCCCACCGUCCAGCGCUCGGUGUUUGCGUCCGUGGACAAGGUACCAGGCUUCGCCGUGGCCCAGUGCCUAAACCAGCAGAGCGUCUCCACGUCGCCGCCGUCCGCCAGCGGGAGCCCCGGCAGCAGCGGGACCACCAGCCACUGUGACUCCGGCGGCCCCAGCUCAUCGUCCACCCCCUCGGCCACCCAGAGCCCCUCAGGAGUGGCAGGAAAGGACGCCGGCGCCUGUUCAGCCUGUCGGAGGCCGACAGCCACGGCGGCCACUGGGUUUAGUGCUUCGACCGCAGCCGCCAGCACCUCUGCAGCCUCUGUGCAGGCAGAUGAAAGCACGACUCCAGACCAGCCCGCCCACCUCGCCGACCAGCUGCUGAUUGUCCACGAGGGGGGAGCAGACGCCAGGCCCGGCCGGCCGCUGGCCCGGGGCUCCGAGGCCGAGCCCGCCCACCUGUCCCCCAGCCUCCUCCCCACCCAGCAGCCCACCAUCUCGCUGCUCUGCGAGGACGCCCCCAACGCUCUCAGCGCCGAGUCGCCCACCCUCGUCCCGCCCGUGGACCCCCAUCACCUGCGCACCCUCACCGGGGCCCCCCCACCGCCCCCCACGCCCACCGACCCCGGCACCACCAAGGCCCCUGGUGAGGAAGAGGCGGCCCCGGCCCCUGCAGAGCACUGAAUGGCCGAGUCCGGGACCGGGGACCCCCACAGAGAAGGGUCCAGGCUGCUGACCCCAGCCGGAGAUGCACAGGGCGCCAGCAGUUCUUCAACACCCCCUCACCGUGGCCCCCGCGUCACCGCGUCCCUCCUUCUCGUGCAACCUCAAAGCCCAGGAGUUGGGGCUCCCUCCACCUAGCCCCCCCCCAGUCUCCAGGGCCUCUGUCACUCCCGCGGGACACAGGCCGGGCGCGGACGGGCCUCUGGGAGCAGUGUCCUGUGGGGAAAGAACUUAACUAGCACAGCUGCGCCUGCAGUCAACUCGGGCUGGGCACAGCCGCUGGGAAGCGCGGACGCAGGCCAGCGAAGACGCCCGUCAGGGUCAGCAGAGUGGCCGGGGCGCUCCUGUCCCCCCUGGCCCUGGCCGCGCUCUCCGUCCCUCCGACGCGGCCCUUCCACCCCCCAGUGCCCUCUUGCCCUCUCCGAACUCGCUUGCACUGGCCCUGCCCACCCUGCCCCAGAGUCGCCUUCUGGACACCUGAGAUGACUUUUGAAGCCAACGCGCGAAGGGGCCCUGGACCUUGUCAGGGGCCCCCUGGCCGGGAAAGGCUAUUCCUUGGCCCUCACCCCACCCCUUCAUUUCUCGCCUCCCUCUUCGUCCCCAGACUUUAACUGGGACUGGAAAGGCUCCGUCUCCGGUGGGCGCGACUGCAGCAACAAAAGCUCCGCCCCCGGUGGGCGUGGCCACUGGACCAAAGGCUCCUCCUCCCGUGGGCGUGGUUUUGGAUAUACUGAUUGGCAGGUGCCAUGCCCUGCCCCAGGCUAGGGGCAGCUCCGUGGGGCUGGAGCUGCAAACACACCAGCUGGUUCCCUUCACCAUCCCCCCUUCCCCCCACCCCGCGCCGGACUGAACCCCAACUCUGCCCCAGCUCCAGCUCCCUGCCCAGGCACCCCGGCGGCCCCCUCCUCUCGCUGCACAGAUCUGCAGGGUGCCGGGUGCACACACUGUCCUCGAGACCCCUCUACUCCCUAGCCGAGGGUCAUCCGCCCUCCCUCAGGCCAGCCGUGCAGGCCGCAGCCCUCCAGGAACUCUACCCCCACGGCCUCAACUGCACAGACCCAGCUCGAAAAGGGGGGCAGGCCAGACACGUCAGCAGGCUCCCGGGGGGCCCGGGGGAGGGGCUGUCCCAGGCCGGGGCGUCCCACUGCCCCAGCAACCAGCACGCUACUGUCUCCCCCAGCACCCCUCAGGGCCCCCCAGAAGGAACGGGGGAACAGGACAGUACUGACUCCCACUCAGCCCAGUGCGGCCAGAGGGUCUGGGUUCGCAGGAGGCGGGCCUCUCUCUGCCCCCCUCUGGAGAAGGAGCACCCCCAACCCUAACUGCGGGGGGCUCAGCCAGUAGCUCCGGUCUUCCUGGGCCCCGUGAAGGAGAGCCGGCACCCCUCAGGGAGGAGGGGGCGGGCGGGCGGGGCCAAGGGCCGGGCUCGGGCAAAGCCACCAGCUCGCCACAGCCCCACCCCUGCAGCGCCGCGCACCUCUGGCCCUGGUGUCCACCCCACGCAGGGCUGAGCUGGCCCUGCCCCCGCCAGACCAGGACCCUCCAGUCCGGGGGCGCUGGAGUGGGCCCUUGGGGUCCCACUACAAGUUCAGGAGCUCCCGUCCCCAGGAGAAGCGGGGGGACCCCAGAGCCCCCACCCAUGCGAAGGGAACGUUCUCCCCGACGCCCGGCGCCUCCGAGUCCCUGCAGUCUCCAGGCCCCCGGCAGGGGGGAGACAGCUCAUACACUGGAUUUUUUCUCUCCCUGCUCGGGACCGCCCCCCCGUUUCACCACCAGGCGCAGCCACGGCUCGCCGCCCCCUCCACGCAAUAACCGAAGCCGUGGGCACCGCCACGCCUGCCCCAGCUGCACGGCGCGGUCCCCGGGCAGGGGCGUCCAGGAAGCCCCAGGCCCGGGCAGGUUCAGGGAAUGACCCACGUGCCGUGGGUGCCGAGCACGAGGGCGGAAAUGAAAAACGGCAACUUCCUUGCAAAUCGGAACUUGGCAAUAAAAAAGUUACCAGA